GGAAAGGAAAGGAAAGGAAAGGAAAGGAAGAAGAAAAGAAAAGAAAAAAGAAAAGAAAAGAAAAGAAAAGAAAAGAAAAAAGAAAAGAAGAAGAAAAGAAAAGAAAAGAAAAGAAAAGAAAAGAAAAGAAAGACUGUUUCUUGA